CUAGGGACGGAAAACACGUGGCGUGCAGGAGUCGGAAACCUUCCCACUCCUACAUAAAGAUGAAGCCCACAUCCACAAAAUCUUUUGGUCCUAAAGGUGGAAAACAGCCUAUCCGGACAGGAAAAGACUCCAUCGGAACCAAAUUUGGUGGGAGACCAGCAAACAAAGCAGGCAAAAAAAGGCCCUUCAAACCACACAACACAGAGAAGAAGAGCGGACCAGGGAACGAAGGCGGUUUCAAAGCUCGGAAAGGGCUGCAGGGGAAGAGAAAACUGGAAGAGGAUGACGGUCCAGCAAAGAAGUUCAAGAAAGGAAAGUUUCAAUCGGAAAGGAAUGCAGGACCGUCCCAAGAGGACCUGAAGAACCGACACCAGAAGAAGAAGGAACUGAAGAAGACCAGACAGCAGGGGGAAAGGAAUGAAAUGUUUGACAUCAUCUGCCAGUCCAAACAACUGUGGGGAGACCUCAGGAAGAAGAAGUGUGAUGAGGAGGAAAAGAAGAAACUGAUGAACCAGCUCCAUGAUCUGAUUCGGGGGAAGAUCAAACAGAUGGCAUUUGCUCACGAUUCUGUGCGGGUCCUGCAGUGUUUCAUCCAGUUUGGAAGCCAUAAGCAGAGACAGGAAGUGUUUGAGGACGUCAAAGAUGAUGUAAUUUCUCUGUGCAAAUCGAUGUACGGCAAACAUGUGGUGAAAAAACUACUGAUGUACGGAAACAAGGAGGUAGUUGCAGGUGUGAUCCAAACAUUUAAGGGUCACGUUCGGACGAUGCUUCGCCAUGCUGCCGCCUCAUCCAUCAUAGAGUACGCCUACAACGACAAAGCCGUGCUCGGUCAGAGGCUCUUCCUCUCUGAUGAGCUGUAUGGGAACACCUACACUGUCUGCAAGUCGUCCGAGUGUAACACCAUUGAAAAGGUUCUGAAGGCAAACCCGGAAAAGCUGAACUACAUCAUGGACGAGAUGAAGCAGAUUCUCACACCCAUGGCCCAGAAAGAACAAGUGAUCAAACAUUCUUUGGUCCACAAAGUCUUCCUGGAUUUCUUCCUUUUUGCACCUGACAAGCUGAGAUCGGAGAUGAUCGAGUCCAUCAGAGAGGCCGUCGUCUACAUGGCUCACACGCAUGACGGUGCCCGAGUGGCAAUGCACUGCCUGUGGCACGGAACAGCUAAGGACAGAAAAGUCAUCAUCAAAACCCUGAAGACGUUUAUGGUGAAGUUUGCCAUGGGGGAGUUUGCUCAUCUGGCUCUUCUAGCGAUGUUUGACUGUGUUGACGACACCAAACUGGUCAGACAGGCAGUUCUCUCAGAGAUUUUGUCAUCUCUGGAUGAAGUCAUCAGGAAUAAGUACGGGAAAAAGGUUCUCCUGUACCUGCUGAGCCCGAGAGACCCAUCUCACCUGCUGCCAGAGAUCAUCCAGGUGCUGGAGCAAGGAGAUGGAAACACUCAGAGUAAAAAGGACGCAGCUACAAGAAGGAAGGAGCUGCUGGAAGCCGUCUCCCCUGCCCUGCUGACUUACCUGGGUGAAAACGCUGAAGCCAUGGUGACGGACAAGGCUACCAGCGUCAUCAUCAGUGACAUCUUGGCAUCAGCCUGUGGAGACCUGCGGCCUGCUAUGACAGCCGUGGCUCAACUGGCCAGUCAGGACUUGGUGCCGGGAGGGAGCAACGGAAAGCUUCACGUGGCGGAACAUCCCGCAGGACACCUGGUGCUUAAAUGGCUCAUAGAGCAGGACGUCACACUGGCAGAAGCUGGAAAAGAAGAGCGGUUCGGCAGGAUUCUGGUGGACACAGUUGGAGCAGAUAAAUUAAAGAGCUGGGUGAAAGUCAACAGAGGAGCCAUGGUGCUCUGCAGCCUUCUCAAAAGCUGCGACAAGUCUGUGGGUGCAGAGGUGAAAUCGGCGCUCAAGUCCAUCACAUCAGAGCUAUUAGAAAUCAGCAAAGACAACAAAGGAGCUGCAAUCCUCCUGCAAUCCUCCUGAAAUCCCCCUGAGCAACCUGAACAAGUAGAAACUGAUUAUCCCAAACAAACUGCUGGCGUCAAAAGCUUCUUCUUUUCCAUUUGGGGCAGGAAAUGCAGCUGGGAGAAUACCCCUCGGCUCCAAACAUUUCCGGAAACACAAGUUCGUUACAGGAUGUUCAAGGAGGUGUAGGAUUUUGUACCCGUUUUAUUUUUUUGUGUAACUGUUUUAAGUGUUUUCAGAAUCCACGGCUUUAGGAGAACAACCGGAUGUCAAAAUGUAACUAAUUUGAAAUGUAACAGUUUGAAGUACAUAUGAAAGAAAAACAAUAUUAAAAUAUUUCUUCUUCAAAAA